CUAUUUAGCUUCUACCAACUGAAUGGCAUUUCAGUAAAUAAGAUCAAUGUCAAAGUCAAAAGUUCAAAGUUCACCACUGCUAUAAGUCUCCAACUAUCCCUUAGCUGUUUGUUCCAUGCUCAAGAAAAAGAAAGAGAAUAAACAAACCUUAGCACACAAAUCAUACAAACAAAGAGAAGAAAAGAGAGAGUCAAAUUACCAAGAAUACCCUCCAAUUUUAGAAAUCAAAAUUAUUUUUUCAGCUGAUUUUGAUUUCUUGUACAGUAAACAAAAAUGGCCAAUUACUUCACAACUUCUGGUUUCUUGAUGUGUUCUACACUGUUGAUCUUGCUCUUGAUAACUGAAUCCACCGUUGAAGCCAGUGGGGACAAUCUAGGAUGGAUCUCAGCCCUCAGAUCAUCCUCGUCAUCAUCCUGCAAAGGCUCCAUAGCAGAGUGCUUGGCCAGUAAUGGGGAAGAGUUCGAGUUGGAUUCAGAGAUCAACAGGCGUAUUUUAGCAACCAGCAACUACAUCAGCUAUGGUGCGCUGCAGAAGAACAGUGUGCCUUGCUCUAGACGUGGAGCUUCUUACUACAAUUGCAAGCCCGGAGCUCAGGCCAAUCCCUAUAACCGUGGAUGCAGUACCAUUACAAGGUGCAGGAGUUGAUUUUAUUUUAAUUUUUAUCAUACAAUUUUUUUUUGUUUUUUAUUGUUAAUUUACCUUUUUACCUAUUUUCAUUUAAAAAAAAAGUUGGGAGUUUGGUUUCAGAAGGUGAAGAUUGGUCUGUAUUAUUAAUGAAAAUAUUGUUUUCAUAAAAGUAUAUUUGAGUUUCUUUUGAAUUUA